CUGUAGACCGCGCGCGGCACCUCGGAUGGCUUCGACGGGCGCGGGCUACGACCUCUCGCCGACGACGUUCAGCCCCGAUGGGCGCAUCUUCCAGGUCGAGUACGCGACCAAGGCCGUGGAGAACGCGGGCACGGUCGUGGGCAUGAAGUGCAAGGACGGCGUCGUCCUCGGCGUGGAGAAGGUCAUGCUGUCGAAGAUGCUCCUGCCGUCGAGCAACCGGCGCGUGGCGACCGUGUCCGCGCACGCGGGCGUCGCGCAGGCGGGCCUCGCCGCGGACGGCCGCCAGGUCGUCGCGCGCGCGCGCGAGGAGUGCGACAACUACGAGGAGGUCUACGGCAUCCCCAUCCCGCCGACGGUGCUCGCGCAGCGCCUCAGCGAGUACGUCCACUACUUCACGAUCCACGGCGCGCUCCGCCCCUUCGGCACGUCGACGAUGAUCGCCGCGUACGACGAGCGCGAGAAGGCGCACCAGCUCUACGUCCUCGAGCCCACGGGCGUGUGCCUGCGCUACUUCGGCGCGGCGCUGGGCAAGGGCCGCCAGAGCGCCAAGAGCGAGAUCGAGAAGCUCGACCUGACGACGCUCACGUGCCGCGACGCGCUCAAGGAGAUCGCGAAGAUGAUCUACACGUGCUACGACGAGUCCAAGGACAAGCCCUUCAUCCUCGAGAUGGCCUGGCUCUGCGAGGAGACCAAGUUCGAGUACCAGCUCGUGCCCCAGGACCUCAUCGACGCCGCGGAGACGUGGGCGAAGAAGGAGCUCGAAGAGGACGACGACGACGACGACGACGACGAGAUGGCGUCCUAGGGCCCGCCUCGCGCGCGCCCCCGA